GAACUAUGGUUCCUUGUUGACCAGAUGAUAUCUUUGGGAUACACACAAAAGCUAGGAACAGUGCUACUCUCUGUGCUUGGAUUGGCAAACUUGGUUGGGCGAAUCGUCGGUAGUGUGCUGAAGUUGAGGUGCAGAGCAUUCCCCGCUGUGUACAACAUGUUCUAUGUUUGUCCUCUCAUAGCCCUUGGUCACACACUCAUAAUAACUUUGCAGACUCAAGACCAUUUGAUGAUUGCAGCUUGCAUUGUACAUGGUUUAGGGUUUGGAAUUCUAAAUGCAAUGGCACCUGUGAUGAUGUACGAUUUAGUAGAAGGUGACAAGUUCAUGCAUGCCGUUGGUCUGCUUAACUUUUCUUUUGGAAUUGGAAACUUACUAUCCAAUUUCAUAGGAGGAAGAAUACGAGAUGUUUCCGGAUCAUACGAUUUAGCUUAUGAAAUUGGGAUAGCUGCAUCACUUCUGGUAACCAUAGACUUCGUGGUCAUAGCAAGGAUCACGAAGAAACGUCAAAAAGAGAGGAAGAGUCUUUUGCUGCCUGAUGAUUUGAAAAUCAUCCCAUAUAAAACUAUAAACUGAACUGUUACAUGUAUAUAACUUGCAUUUCCAUAAGUCAUUAAAUCUAUCUGAAUGAAUCUGGGUAACUAUCUGUGUAGUAUAUUAUAAUGUUGCACGCAAGCUGAUAUAUAUGUAUAUUGUAGAUUAAAUACGAACUUAUGUAUAUGUAUGUAUCACGAU